AUGGCGGUGACCUCUGAAACAGACCAAAAUCAGACGUCACUGGUAUCGACAUCUACAAACAAUCAAUCAGAGCAAUAUACAUUUGGUAAUCGUCUCAACAACAGUGACAUAAGCAUCCAAGCACACCGUCGGCUUCCAAAGUCUAGUCAUCGCCCAUCGACUGCACUACCUCAAUCAUAUCAACCGACUACUCAUCCGUCUUACGGCACACAAGGAGAAUUAGAGUCUGGCGCCUUCUCUUACGACGACGUAUUCUACGAAGGAGAAGAAGAUAUCAAUCUCGAGGAAGAAUUAGCUAAACUCGAAGAAGAGUACUUGUCGACUGAAGAAGAAGAUUGGGAUCCGCAAAUGGCCGACGCCUGGCCCUCUGCCUCGCCCAACAGGCUUGGAGAAGCAUAUGUCAAGGAUGGACUGACCAAAUCGUUGCAAGACUCCGAUGAUCCAAGACUAUCGUAUCUCGGUUUACCGCUCGCUUUGCCGUACGAGGUGGAGACGUUGGCGGAGAUGGACGAUAAGCUGGAGUUGAUUUGCUGCAAGUUGAUCGAAUGUAUAAAAGCCAGGGAAUAUGGUAUGGGAUUCAGAGUGUGGAAUUCGGCUCUAGGAAUCUGGUUAAGUAUGGGCUAUCCUAUGAAGAGAGAGGUGAAAAUCAAGUUAAUAUUCGUCUUCUACGAGAUUCUGUUUCUUCCAGGCGUAGGAUCAUCUCUCGUCGAUGAAGCCAGUACUCAGUUUGUGCAUCUGAUAGGCGACCGGGAUCUGAGUAUAUACGAUUUCCGGAUUCCCUGGAAACCUUUAUACGAGUCUUUAUACAAUGAGCUAUUUCCUCAUCCAAACAGACUCGCACGUCAUUCUGUCAACAUGGCGCCUGCUCUCCUCAGCGUGGCGGAAGCGGCUCAAAGGUUCUUUCACCCUGCAGAUGUAGACGAAAUGCUGGAAGAAAUACUGCCCAAACUUGAACCUACUAUGGAUUCAAUAUUAGCUACUCAGACAUUCUUGGUCCACUUUUUACCAAUUUCGCAUUGUCAGAAAUGGUUACCUGUUGUUUUCCGUUUAUGGGGAGGUCUCAAUAGCGGUCUGUGGGACGAUCAAGCUUCCGAUCUAAUUGGUCAAUUAGCUAUCGCCCACGUAAAUCCUAGUAAAUCCGACCCCUCACUCAUCAAUAGGAUUCCCAGAGGGAGCCAUAACACACCAGAGGAGGAAGCGGAUAACCCUAGUGUAAGGAAAUGUUUACGAAAUCACAAGGGCCGAUUACUGGAGGUCGCGGGAGAAGUAGAAGAAGAUGAGGAUGGAGUGACCUAUUGGACUAAACCAGACCUCUUACCACCAUUGGAGACACUGUCCGAUCCAAAUUGGGCGGGAAUCAGGAAAGACGUCGGUAUCUUCACUGAUGAAGAAUUCGACUUCAUAAUGACCAAAUGUUUGAGAUCCCUUAAUGUACCUCUUGGCGGAUCUGUCGCAUCUCAACAUUCUCAAUCCAUCACAACAGCUGAUGGGCGGGCAUCCAAGAAGGUGAUAGACGCGAAAAAGCCUCUUGACCGAGUCAUGUCCCUUGCGGAGACUAUUGUAUUUUCGAUGUCAGAAGAUUCCCCAUCGGUUGCUCUGCCUUCUGCCAUGGCUACUCCAGGUACUGCAACCCCCAUCGGAAACUCAGCCCCCGUUCAACCUGCCAUAUCACGACUGCAGAACGACAUAGACAUGAAAAGGACGCCAAGCAGUGAUAGUCUCGCCACUGCUGGAAGAAAGGGUGACGCGAAUCCAAAAUAUUUGGCUGGAAGUAAAGCAUUGGACCAUCUCAGUAAACUAUUGACAGCUUGUGAAACUUUCUUCCAUCCCUCAAACUCCGGACAUUGGUCGGCAUAUCUCAAUGCCUUUCUAGGCCACUUGGCAAGCAAUUUUGUGGAACGGUGGAAAUCAGAGGAAGAACCUGAUUGUCGUACACCUACUGCGUGGAGAUUGACACCAGCCAUCAAAAGGGAAUUCGUUCUUUGUCUACGGCCUUUAGCUCUUAGCUCUAUUUUCAACAAGGACUUGGGCUCUGUCUCUCCUGCCAACUCAGCUUUGAAAAGAUUGUCUCUCCUUGAACCCGAUCUCAUCAUGCCUGCCAUAAUCGAAAGAGCUGUUCCCUCAUUACAAGGUCUCGAAGAGACUCAACGAACACCGGCUGUCACCUUCACUCUUGCAUCUCUUGCGCAACCUCUUACAGCUCGACGUAUAUGGCGCUUCGGAGCAAUGUACGUUGCCGAUAUAUUCGCACUGUUGCUUCCAGGUAUCGAUCUCAACGACCCCAUGAAAACAGGUCUAACGUGUAUGGCUGUAUCCAACAUGGUCGAUUAUAUACACAUGGCCGACAUAUCCGAUAUGGAAGAGAGUGACGAGGUAGUCCCAGGUUCCAGAGCAACGAGAAAGGUCGUCAGACCUAGAGUCGAAGACGAUCCAAAUGAUCCUGUUCAACAAGAGAUGGAAAACCUGUCUUCCGAGGAAAUCAAUGGAAGAAUCAGGUUCGCGACUGCUGCUUUCAGGGACUGGGUUCCAGAAUUUGUUGGCAGAGUAUUACUGCUUUUCGCCAAUUUGCCAGAGGAAGGUGGUAAAUCCGGUCGAGCAGGGGGAAAGACCGAAGCUAUCACUCUACAGAACGUUUUGCAUACCUGCGGAGGCGUCUUUGCAGCAUUAGACGACAAGCUGUUUGACUCUGUGCUUGAUCAGAUAGUUGAAUACACUACUACGACCUGCAGAGCCAACGCUGUCGAUGCCGUCGGUGAGCUCGUGCGAAACCUAGCUUCCUCAAAUGCAUCAAAGGUUUUCUCGAAACUGUUCCCAAUCUGCAAACAAAGAAUCACACAUGAGCUUAAGACGGGAGCCUCAUCUCUCCGAACAACAACCACAUCGAUCCCUUUGCCGGCUGAUGCAGGAUUACAUUGGUGGCAAUCUAUCUUGAUUGGAAUGCUUAUUCCAGGCAGACUCAGGUUGUCCGAUCCGGCAAUCAGGAGUUCAUUUGUUGAGUUAUUGGACAUCAUGGUUGAUUCGACCUUGUCAGAAAGAGGCUGGCAAUGGACAGGUAGAAUUAUCGAGAAAACAAUGAGCUCUUUAGUCUCCAUUUACUUCAAAGAUAUGAGAGGAUGGAACGAUGACGUAUAUCAGAGUGAUGACUUCAAACGCAACCAUAUAAUGUACUGGGGGAAACUUCAUCGUUCAACCGAAGUCAUACCUCGAUGGCAUGUUCCAACAAAAGACGACAUCGAAAUGGCCUUCGACAUAAUCGGCAUUGCCGAUCGAGCUACACAAAGGCUCAACGACCUUUUAGAUAUGCCCGCUUACGGAGAUAAAGUAUGGAGCAACGAUUUCUGUAGAUCUAUCAGUGUUAUCGAUAAGACCUUACGAGGUUCUUAUAACUUGAUUGCGGAAUUUGACUCUUUGAAAGUCGGUGGCGUGAAAGCACCUUCAUAUCUGCCUCAAGAGGUUCUCACACUUCUCCCACCAUACAAAUCAGGCCUCAUCCUGACAAAUCCUGACGAUCCACGAUACCAACAUGUCGCUGCGUUCCGAGCUCGGGUUGGUGAGACACUGCACAGAGCUGCGGCGGCUUUGAAAACGGCAGGCCAAUCUGAUAACUCGGUAGACACUAUCAAGAUCCUUGUAACCACUAUUGGAACUUAUCUAACGGCUUACGGAGUCCGGGCCAAGCAAUUCGCCAAUGCUCAAAAUUCUUAUUCCGCAAUGGCGUCCACUAAGAAAGUAUAUGAUUCUCAAGCUAAACAUCAUCGAUCAAUAUUCCUAGGUUGUGCUUCGGUACACCACCAAAAUCGACUAACCACUCUGGCGCACUACAGAGUCAGAUCAGAGCUUGACGAUAAGUUGAUUGUCAGCAUUUUAGACUUCUGCCUCUCUCCCUUUGUAAGAGUUCGUCGAUCAAGUCAAAGCACGCUCGAUUCCGUCUCCAAGCUGUAUCGAGGCACUUGGACUUUACUCUUCCCUACUCUGUUCGAUGCCCUUCAACCUGGUACCGAUCCAGAUAUCAUGAAAGGUGCCUUGUACGUUUUACGAUACAACCACAUGGGUUUACAUCGAAUAGCAAAAGACUGGAGACAACUUCUCCAACUUACAGAAUGUCUUCUCAACGCUCAUCACGAAAACAAAGCGUCAGUACAAGCACUGGUGGCUAAAGCAACAGACGAAUUGGUGCAACGGAUCAAAGAGCCUGUCUCGUUCAACUUGGAUGUUCGGACUGAGAAAGUCAACAAAGCAGUAGAUGAUUUGGCUUCUAUCCUCUCAUAUCGACCUAACUCGACACUCAUACAAGAGAUCAAACAAGGAGAGAUUGAUAGAUUGCAAUAUCAAGAUCAACAAUGGGAUAUCUUCGUUGACCGAGUAUUGGUAAUCGCCAAUGCCCCUGGCUUGAACUGGAGAUACGUCUUAUCAGCGAGUCGAUUCCUCCAAUGUGUUAUGAGGAGAGAUAAGCCCACCGAUCUCAGAUUGGCCAGAUACUUCAUGAGUAACGUGCAGAAUCCUCACCCCAGAAUAAGAGAUUACGGUUAUGCUGGUGUGAUCCGGCUUCUAUUGCAAAUCGCGCUCCGUUCGACAUGUGAAUCAGAUGAGGCCAUAUAUCUCGAAGAGCCCGGAGAUGUGACGUCAAGGGAAAUUGAACUCACCGAUACAUCGCCUGCUUUCACGGAGAAAUACCUCGCGUCCUUCCGAGAACCAUUACCGGAAGAUGAAAGUGAAGCUGUCCUGCAAGAUCGAAUGCAGACAGGCUGGUUAGCUUGGGGAAGAAAAUUAGAAGUCUCGAGGCUGAGUAAAUGGGAUGAACAGAUAUGGCAAUGUGAAGUAGCGAGUAAACCUGGUAUGGAGUUGAUUUCGAGUAUAAUGGAAGAAUCAUAUUGGUGGCAAGAAAUUGCCGACCACUGGGCACAAGAGAGUGAAAGGAAUUACCCGUCCGCCAAUCACAUCGAUUUCAUACUUGCCUUCACUCAAUUAUACGGUCUAAGCAUAUUCAAUUCCAUCAGACCGAUCAUUGAUGGUUACCUAACAGAGAUGGAGUCAACGAAGGUCUAUGAUAGGCACAAGACAAGGGCAAUGUGGGAGUUCUUAGCUGGUCUUAUCAGAGGCUCUGUAGAAUGGUCCGGUAAAGAUAGAAAAGAAUUUUGGGAUUGGCUAGAAGGUAAAUUGAGCGAACUAUUCGGUAAUAUCAGACACGAUACGACCAAAUGCUGGGAUAUUUCUAUCGAAUACAUACUGGGUGGUCAGGAUCCAAGAAGAUACAAACCACUGUUCGACUUUUGCAUUCACACAGCAUUGAACGCCGAUUUCCAAGGAGGAUCAGCCUUUGAUUUAUCAAGAAAGGUAAAUCUUGCUAGAUCGGUCAUACGAGGUCUCCAAUGGCGAUUCAAUGCUUGGGCAGACGAUUUCGCUGAAUUGUAUUUCAACUCAAUCUCCUGCCCUUACGCGGAAGUAAGAGGUCUUAUAUCAAACGCUCUUAACGCCCUCGAUCAGUUGAAGUUCUAUCCUUCCUAUCCGUCCGCUACAGCUUUGACCUCAGCUAUUCUUUCGGAUCCUGCUGAUGAAAAGGAUAUAAUGCGUACCAGGGGUGGUCAAUUCAUGCCUCAAUUACAGAAGAUAGUAGAAUCACUACCUGAAUGGAAGAAAGACAGACCGCACGGUCCCAAAGCAGUACAAUCGACUCAUGAUACGGCCGCUCUGACAACUCUCGGCUGGUUAGCAGUUGAAUUUACAGAUGUGCAUGCUGUUGCAACCUUCCCAUACAUUAUAUCAAUAUUACCUGAUAUAUUCGAAUUACGUGAUCUAAACGAUAACACAGAACUUCAACGUACAGCUGGUGGAUUAUUAGCUAUGAUCACUUCCAGUUCACCAGCAACAACAUUGGUGGAACCGUUGAUGGGGACUUUACUUUCAAUCCUUCAGGACUCAACAUCUUGGCGAACCAAGAUGCACAGUAUGCCUGUGCUGAGUCUGAUCUACUUCAGGAAUCUUUCUUUGCUAUCGGAGACCUGUAAAGCGAAAUGUUUGGAUAUCGUUUCAGCAUGUUUGAGAGACCCCAAUCAAGAAGUCAGAGAAAUGGCGUCAUCAACCUUGAGCGGAUUCAUAAGGUGUUCUCAGCGUUCAAUGGUUGUUGUUUUGAAAGAUCGAUUCACAAGAGAGAUCAAAGCCACAGUCUUGCCUAAGCGAAGAGAAGCACCUGGUCAAGUGAACCCUGAAUAUCAAGCUAAGCUGGUACAUCUUCAUGGUGCCAUUCUUGGUGCUACAGCAUUGGUGGAGGCCUUCCCAUAUACUGUGCCCAAGUUCAUCCCUAAAUUACUGGCAGAUGUUCUCGCUCCACGGGUAUCAGAUCCCGCACCUGUAUCAACAGCUAUAAGAACGUGUGUAGCUUCAUUCAAACGUACUCAUGAGAAAUAUCAAGAUAAAUUCUCCGAAGAUGAGAUGAGCACAGUGAAUUACGCUCAAGCCGGAAAUUCUUAUUGUGAGUAG